AUGGAGAUUCUGGGUGGUGUGGAGUCCAGGGGUGUCCUGAGGAAGAUCAGCGACAUGCUGGAGGUGAUCCUCAAGAGGAUGGACAGUCUGUCCAAGCUGGACAACAGCACCAGCAGUGACACACGCCGCCUGGAUGAGCUCAGCUCUGCCAUCAACAGGUUCCAGCCUGCAGGCCUGGUGGAGAGGAUCCAAGCCAUCGCUCAGAACGUGUCCAACAUGGCUGUCAGAGUGGAGCAGAUUCUUCAGAACAGCAUGGCUGUCAGCAGAGCGGUGCGAGAUGGGACAGCAGGCCAGUGUGAGGUACCCAGGGACCCCCGCUACCCAGACUGCCCUGGCAAAGUCGACUGGAUGCGGGCCCGCUGGACGUCCGACCCCUGUUAUGCCUUCUAUGGCGUGGACGGCUCCGACUGCUCCUUCCUGGUCUACCUGAGCGAGGUGGAGUGGUUCUGCCCCCCGCAGGCCUGGAGGAACAACAGCAGCCCCCCUACACCUCACACAGACACACAAAGGAGCAAGGCGACCAAAAGACAGGCCGCGUUCCGAACGGACCUCUCCUCCCUGCUCGACCAGGUGGGCGCCGGCAAGGAGUCUCUCAGCUUCAUGAAGAGACGCAUCCGCCGCCUGGCGGGCCAGUGGGCCACCGCCGCUCAGCGCCUGGACGCCAAGCUGCGGCAGCGCUGGAGGGAGCAGAAGAAGAUCCUGGUCCACGUAGGCUUCCUGACAGAGGAGUCCGGGGACGUGUUCAGCCCCAAGGUUCUGAAGGGAGGCCCGCUGGGGGAGAUGGUGCAGUGGGCCGACAUCCUCACCACCCUGCAUGUGCUGGGACACAACCUGAAGAUCUCCAUGUCCGUCAAGGAGCUCCAGGGGCGUGGUUGUCAUGGUAGGGACCCCAGCUUGUCGCAUAUCUAGAUGACAAGAGGCUGUACAGAACAGUAUUAUUUAAUAAAAAAAUGUGGCAUCACUGACAAAACCUAAACAUUAGAUGGUGAAACAAUCUUGACAGUUUAAAUAAAAAA